GUACCCGCCCUUCCAUGCACUCAACAACCGCGCCAAGCAGCAACUCAUUCUCAACGCGAGUUUUGACUUUGAGGAGUCGACAUGGAGGAGCAUAUCGCAGUCCGCCAAGCAGCUCGUCACCAGCCUGCUCACUGUCGACCCCUCCAAGCGACCCACCGCCGCUGAGCUGCUGCUGCACCCGUGGGUGAAGGGCGAUGCAGCGAGGCAGGAGCCGAUGGAGCCAGAGGUGUGCCGGCGCCUGCUCACCUUCAACGCGCGCCGCAAGUUCCGAGCGGCGGCGUAUGCGAGCAUUGUGAGCAACAAGCUCAUGCUGCGCACCCGUGCACUGAGGAACAUACUGGGUGGAUUCGACACACUCAAUGAGACGGAGCUCAAGGACCUUCAUACGCACUUCAAGAGAAUAUCGUCGAGUGGCACGAGUGUGACGGUGGCGGAGUUUGAGGACGUGUUGAGGGCCAUGGGCAUGGGCAGUCUGGUGCCGAUGGCGCGGCGGGUGUUUGAGGUGUUUGACAGCGACAAGAACGGCUCCGUCGACAUGCGGGAGAUCGUGUGCGGCCUCGCUGCCUUCCGCAAGUCCCAAGGCGACGAUGCCCUGCGCCUCUGCUUCAAGAUGUACGAUGCAGAUGACUCAGGAUAUAUCUCAAAGGACGAGCUCGCUGCCAUGCUCAAGGCGCUACCGGAGGACUAUCUACCGCCGGACAUUCUAGAGCCGGGCAUACUGGACGAGUUCUUUGACCGCAUGGACGCCAACUGUGACGGGCGGCUGAGCUUCGACGAGUUCAAGGCCGCCAUCCACGCCGACCACUUCCUUGUCGACGCGCUCCUGCAGCCCGCCCGCGGCGAGUCCCCCGCCGCCCGGCCGCCGCCCAAAGGGGAGUCUCCGCUGUUUCGCCAACACCAGUGGUGA